AUAUUUUCCCCUAGACUUAAGAAGCAAGAAGAAAUUCGGAAGCUAUGGGUAGGGCACGCAGGCCUGCACCUGGGCAACACAAGCACUGUGAGGGAUGCUUCAAUCGCCACUGCCACAUCCCCGUGGAGCCCGACGUCUCCUGCCUGGUGAUAAACUGCCAUUUGCUCUGCGGCGCUACCUUCCACAUGUGCAAAGAGGCAGAGCAUGAGCUCCUCUGCCCUUUAGAGCAGGUUCCGUGCCUCAACUCCGAAUAUGGCUGCCCACUUUCCAUGUCCCGCCACAAGCUGGCCAAGCACCUGCAGGUGUGCCCCGCCAGUGUGGUCUGCUGCUCCAUGGAGUGGAACCGCUGGCCAAACGUGGAGUCUAAAACAACCCUUUAUGAAAAUAUAAUGAAAGAGGCACCCAGUGAAGAGUGUUUGGACACUGCCCUGGCCCUCCAGGACCAGAAGGUCCUUUUCAGAUCCUUGAAAAUGGUAGAACUUUUCCCUGAAACCAGAGAGACCACUGAGGAGGAACUGGCUAUGAAUGGUGAAGCCACUUGGGAGGAAAUGGGAGGAGCUGUGGGUGGAGCUGACGCCAGUUUGGCACCACAUUGCUCUCUGUCAGUGACUAAGGGAGAGAUGCCAGAGUUGAGUCAAGAAGAACGAGAGACAUUAGCCAAAACCAAAGAAGGGAUGGACCUGGUCAAAUUUGGCAAGUGGGAAAAUAUGUUCAGCAAAGAGCACACAGCCUGUGCUUUAACAAAUUCAUCAGCGAGCUCUGAGGGCAAGAGCAGGGAUGACCCAGGGAGAGAACAGAUUUCCAGCAUCAAUAAUGUGGUGGAAGGAGAGGGAGAUGCCAAAGGGAAAGAACCACAGGAAAACCAGCAACAGCAGGACUUUCACACAAUUAUGGAAACAACAGGGCUUGCCCCCUGGCAGGAUGGUGUUCUAGAAAGAUUAAAAACAGCUGUGGAUGUAAAGGACUAUAAUAUGUAUCUGGUGCACAAUGGGCGGAUGCUUAUUCACUUUGGUCAGAUGCCUGCUUGCACACCUAAAGAGAAAGACUUUGUUUAUGGCAACCUCGAGGCUCAGGAAGUUAAGACUGUUUACACCUUCAAAGUACCUGUGAGCUACUGUGGAAAGCGGGCUCGAAUUGGAGAUGCCAUGUUGAAUUGUAGGCCAAGUGAACACAAAGCAAUAGAUACUUCAGAUUUGGGCAUCGCUGUGGAGGAAUUGCCCAAAUCAGAUCUCAUCAAGACCACCCUUCAGUGUGCUUUGGAAAGAGAACUCAAAGGUCAUGUCAUCUCUGAAUCCAGGAGCAUCGAUGGGCUGUUCAUGGAUUUUGCCACACAGACAUAUAACUUUGAGCCAGAAUAUUUUCCCUCUGGGACUGUGCUGGCUGACCUGAUAACUGCUGCCAGCCCCAGGGGGCUCCAUGUGGAGCUCUACAGCGAGUGUGUGACCAGGAGACACAACAAGAGUAGCUCUGCCUUCACUUUCACUUGCAGCAAAUUCUUCAGGAGGGAUGAAUUCCCCUUACACUUCAAGAAUGUCCACACAGAUAUUCAGUCAUGUCUCAACGGCUGGUUUCAGCAGCGAUGCCCCUUAGCCUACUUGGGAUGUACAUUUAUUCAAAACCAUUUUCGUCCCCCAGGGCAAAAGGCAAAAGUGAUCUAUAGUCAGGAGCUCAAGACCUUUGCCAUCAAGCCAGAGGUGGCUCCUGAGCUGAGUGAGGGAACGAAGAACAAUCAUCCCUCAGGCUGUGGAGGAAAAAGUAAAAAUUCUCUAACCAGCCUGCCCCUGGAAGUUUUGCAGUACAUUGCUGGGUUCUUGGACAGCAUCAGCCUGUCCCAGCUUUCACAGGUGUCUGUGCUGAUGAGGAAUAUCUGUGCCACUUUGUUACAAGAAAGAGGGAUGGUCCUCCUGCAAUGGAAGAAGACGUAUUCCCAUGGAGGCACCUCCUGGAGAGUCCAAAGAGAGAUUUGGCAGUUCAGCAGCCUCUUCUCCAAAAUCAAGAGCUGGGAGUUUAAUGACAUCACCUCCAUGUCUGAGCACCUGAAAGUCUGUCCUUUCAACAUCGUAGAGCACAAGACUGAACCCAUUCUUCUGACCAGCAUGUGUCAGCCCCAUGAGAAGGCCCGAGAGACCUUGGUCUCCACGUUUCAACCCAGACCACAAGGAAGAAAUACCUACUAAGGACUCAGACAUCACCAUUCUUGGAUUCUCCCUUGGAGUCACUGAAAGUAGGAGAGAGUGUGGUUUUGAGGACUCCCAUCUAUAAACUGCAUAUGUGCAUCUCUGUGUGUAAUAGAAUGUAUAGUGUCUUUCAAAACCCGAGCAGUCACACAAGGAAUAAGAAUUUCCUAAGUCAUGGUUUGUAGAAUUGUUAUGGUGCCAUAUUGAUUGAUUUCCUUGCCUUAUUUUCCCUAAAAUAAAUUAGUCUGCAGAGAAAAUUUGGUAACCUUGAAGCCAUUUAGAAGAUGAACCCAUAUCCUUAGGUGAAGAAAGCAAUGAAAUUCCAUAACCAGUAAAGACAUGUGCUUUUAGAAAGGGCAUUUUAGUUUCUAAAGCAUUUUCAAACUCGUGUGGCAGGCAAUGCAGAGCUGAGGACUGUGGUUCAGAGAGACCCCUCCCAGAGCACUCAGGGUGAAGAGCACAUGGUUGGAAGGUGCUGGGAGCCUCUGUCUAGAACCAAGUCCAGGGCUUUUUUUCCUCACCCCACUGCUUUUAAGCCCAUCAAGUCACCACAGAGCCCAACAGAAAAGAGCACCCUGGCUGAGCACAGAGGGCCUCUGGGGAUACCACAGGUUAAAGGAUGCAAGGCAGAAAUGAAGUCACAGAGUAUGUUGUGUAUGAUCUUGGGUAACAUGUAGAAGGAAGGCCUUAAAAAACUGAGGAGAAUCCAAAGGAGACCCUAUAUUAAUGGAGAAAAAUAGAACAAAUGUCCAAGUCUGUUUGUUUUUUUGUUUUGUUUUGUUUUGCAUUUUAACAAUGACUUAGAGUCAAGCUUCUUUUCUUCCAAAAGUUAUGUUCUUGGAAAGUUCUAGAUAGGAGCUAUAAAUAAAUCAAGGUGCCAGAUGGUCUGGAUAGGGAGAGCAUAAGCACAGCCCAGUAGUUACCCUGUGCUGCCUGAUAUGAUAUCAAGAUGCUAACCUCAACCUCAGUGUCAUGCCAGAAUGGAGAACCAAACAUUUGGCAAAGUCCAAACAAGGCCCAGUGCAGUUCCUGUGGCACUAGCCACCUAGUCCUAGACAACACUUGGGUACCUUCUGGGGGACCUUGGGGAGGAAGACAUGUGAACAUGGUGGUUCCCUGAAAUUACUCCUUCCUGUUGCUGGCCAUGACUCCAGCCUGUCUAAAAUGGGUGAUAAUGCCAGUUUUUGGUAACAAACAGUGAAUAAUCACAAGAACAGAGAUAAAAAAUACACAAUAGAAACUGGCAUCCCUGAAAGCAGGGUUUCUCAACCAUGGCACUAUUGGAAUUCUGGUCUGGAUAAUUUUUUGUUGUGAGGGCCUGUCCUGUGCAUUGUAGAAUGUUUAGUAGCAUUCUUGGCCUUUAUUCAUUAGCUGCUGGGAGUACUCUCACACUAUGACAAUCAAAAAUGUCUCUAGACAUUGCCAAAUGUCCUCUGUGGGACAAAAUCACCCCCAGUUGAGAACCCUUGCACUAAAGGAUGACAUACCAGAGAUGAAAGUUAGAAUACACUUGUUUUUUAGCACAGCAAAAUUUUAUCUUACAUAGUUAUCCUUAAUGGUUUAAUGCAUCUCUCCUUUAGUUAUUUAUAACAGGUUUUAUACAGAUGGUGAUUUUAAGGUGGGAACCAAAUAGAGCUGAUUUAUUUGAUGUGGCUUCAUGUCCUUGGGCCAUGUACAAGAAGUCUUUCAGCUCUAAAUGUAGCUGAAGCCAUUUGUCUUUGUUUAUAGCCCUGUCAUCUUAGUUGGUGCCAAGCAAGUAAGAAUUAGGGGAAGGGAGGACAAGUAUUAUUGGGGAGCAGAGAACAAAGAACUUGGCCAACAGAAGAAAGAGUCUAGUCAAUCUGUCUGCUUGUUAUUGCCUGGGUCCCUUUCUGAAUAUGGUUUAGAUCUGGUUUAUAUGAAGUUGAUGCCACUUCUAAGAAGGGUCAAAGAGUGCAUUAGAGCAAUUCCCCAAACAAAAUAUGCUUUUAUUUUCACUUUAAUGUGCCAUGUGUUACUAUUUGGUAAUGUAACUCUAUUUUUCCCAAAUACCUAUUGUUUGCUUUAUAUUUCAUGUUUGUAAAGAAGUCACCAUUAUAUAAAUAUCACUAGAGUGUGAUCUAAGGUUUGAUUAUGGUUUAUUCAGUGAAGAGGAGUAAAUGGAAACCACCAAACACCGAAGUGAGAAAGAAGGAAGAGAGUUCACCUCAUACCAGUCUCAAGUUAUUUGAAUCUAGUCCUUCCUAUUUGGAAGAAAAAACUCACUCUGGGUUUCUUAUUUUAUUAGAAAAAAGAGAGAAAGGGGAGCAUCAUUUUGUGGAGAGGGCAGAUGAAGCAGAAGAGAAGCCUUUUAGAGAGACUGUGGAUUAGACAGCAGAUAAUUUGGUUAGUGAUAAGAAAUGGUAAUAAGCAGCACGAGCAGGGUGCAUUAUCUGACAGAGGCCAGACAGCUAGACACGGCUGUGGAUUAAGGAGCAGCUCAGAGGACCUGAAGAGGGAGUGUGUACCCAGAAAUAGGAGCCUGGAUUGGGAAGUCUAUGAGCUGAGCCCUGGAUGAGUAUCACCAUCAAGAAUGUCAGAGCAAAGUAGAGAGCCGCUGAACAUGAAGGGAGAAAGACUUUGUUGCCUUCGUUUUAUAGGAAUUUGGAAAAAAGAAAUUCUAUCUUAUAAUGAAGGGAAAAGCAAAAACCAAGGUGGAACCUUGGAGAUGUAACCAGGAAAGCCACUGUAAGAGCCUGAUUUAUGUGUGUAGUCAAAUCAAACUGAAGUGAAGAGUGAGAUUGUGUAUUUCUAUGGUGACUUACUGCUAUUUAUUAGAAAUCCCAGUAUCUCUAUAAGUGAAAAUAAAAGCUACUUUAACUCUGAAAGGCUAACUGGGUGAAUUUGUAAGUUCUAGAGACAGAUUUGGGAUCCAAUGGCAUAAAAGUCAUCACUGAAGCCAGAGGGGUGUGUGUCUGGAAGAAGAGCCUAGGAAUGAGCCUGGGGGAUGCAGUGCUCUAGGCACAUGGGCAUCUCACCAACUCUGUGAAGUCCUGAAGCCACUGUGUAUCUCAGUCACAAUCCUAGCCCUCCUUGUUCCCACUGCCCUCCAACUGAGAAAGCUGAACUCAGCUUCAGAUACUGGGUAUGAAACAACCAAAGAUCUCCUAAACCAAAUCCCUGACUUAUUUUGAGUUUACCCUAGGAUCCCCUAUCUCUGACCUUACUGAGGCUGGACCCAAUGGCUUGGGGCUGGGAUAAACCCACUUUGCCCUGGCUUCCCAUUCUCCUUCAUGACAAUAAUUUGCUUGGUGAUUUGCUUAUUGCCCAUUACACGUCCAAAUGUCCUUGCCUCUUUUCCUAACUGUCUUAGCCCUGGACAGGCAGAAGCUCCAUGUCUUCCUCCAUCCACCCUCUUCCCUGGCUAUUGAUUUCAGUCACCCAGCUACAAGGCAGCCUGGAAUUUCUCAAACAGAGGUCGCUCUCUCUGGCUCAAAAUCCUCUUAACACCUCACCUGAGUCUCUAGUCAUUUAGCUUUAAUCUUUUCUCUUGGUCAACCUCCUUAUUCUUCUUUCCUAUCAUGAGAUCAUCAUGGCCACUGAAAGAGAGUGGUCAUUACUCCCAGGCCGGUUUCCCACAACUGCUAAAGUCAGUAGAGGUUGAACUUUAAUGUGGACACUACAUGGCUCCCUGU